UAUACGAGGUCUAAUCAAAAAUUAUCGAGACUGAUAAGAUAAAUCAUAAACCGGUUUGUGUAUGAACUUGCACGUGCUAUAUUAAUCAAACUUUAUAUGUUGGGAAAAUAUAUUAGGCAUAGAUUAGAUUAAAAUUGUCUCAGUCGGCUUCUAGGUGCGAUUAAGUAAAGUGUGUUUUUACGUCCUGUCGGAUUUCAUUAUGAGCGAAAAUAUUGAACAACGAGUGUGCAUUAAAUUUUGCCAUAAACUGGGAUAAACGGCUACUGAAACCUACCAAAUGUUAUUGUUAGAUUAUGGAGAUUAAACCAUGUCCCGUACUCGCGUUUUUGAGUGGUUCAAACGAUUUAAAGAGGGUAGAACAACUGUUGAAAGUGAAAAACGUGAAGGACGCCCGUCAACAAGCCGCAAUGAGGAAAUGGUUCAAAAAAUACGAACAGCAAUACGAGGUAACCGUCGUUUGACAAUUAUGGAACUUAGUAAUGAGUUUCAAAUCUCAUUCGGAUCAAUUCAAACCAUAUUGACGACUGAUUUAGAUAUGAGAAGAGUUGCUGCCAAAUUUGUUCCAAAACUGCUCUCAGAUGAGCAAAAAGAAAACCGAAAACAGAUCGCCACUGAUUUGCUAGAGUAUUCCGAAUCUGAUGAAUUUUUUUUAAAAUCAAUUAUAACUGGUGACGAGACUUGGGUAUAUGGCUACGAUCCAGAAACAAAGGUACAAUCUUCGCAGUGGAAGACACCUGAUUCACCACGACCCAAAAAAGCUCGUCAAGUUCAGAGUCAAGUGAAGGUUAUGUUGACUGUUUUUUCGACUACCAAGGUGUUGUUCAUCAUGAGUAUGCUCCAAAAGGACAGACCAUAACAAAGGAGUACUACAUUGAUGUUCUUCGCCGUUUACGAGAUGCUGUAUGAAGAAAAAGACCUGAGUUUAAAGAGUCUGGUAGUUGGAAAUUGCAUCACGAUAAUGCACCAGCCCAUUCAGCCCAUAUUGUGCAGCAGUUUUUGGCCAA